UUUUUCUGCCUGCGAAGGCAGGAGCUGCUGCUGGCUCAGUGGACCUGUGUUCAUGCCCUCGAGCUGCUGUGGUGCAGAUAUUAAUACUGCCUUUCUGAGCAGCGUCAGCAGUGACCGAGCCACGGUGCACUGAAGGAGGGGCUCCUUCAAGCUGCGCUGUGAAGAGAGGCAUCGCCAGAUCUGCAGGCAGAACGCCAGGCAGCGCUGGGGGGAUGGCAGCGUUGCUAUGAGGUUGGCAGCACCCGCAGGAAGCAAGCCACCGCAGACUAUGCACCUGGCUGUCCCUGUCCAGUCCUGGGAAGAUGAGAGUUGGACUGCUGUGUUUCAUCUCCUUCUUCGCGGUCACUGGGGGCCACCGUGCCAUCCUGGGGAGAAAUGAUGGCAUCAAAACAAAAAGAGAACUCAUUGUGAAUAAGACAAAGCAUCUAGCCCCAGUCCAGGAAUAUGAGCUGCUGCUUCAGGUGACCUAUAGAAAUUCCGAGGAGAAAAGAGACUUGAAGAAUUUUCUGAAGCUCUUGAAGCCUCCAUCACCAUGGUUACAUGGGCCCACGAAGGUUAUCAGGGCAAAGGCCACCACAUACUGCAGCAGCCUGAAUGGAGUCCUGCAGUGUGCCUGUGAAGACGGCUACACCUGGUUCCCCUCCUCCUGUCUCGACCCCCGGAACUGCUACCUUCACACGGCUGGAUCACACUCAAGUUGUGAAUGUCAUCUCAGCAACCUCAGCCAGAGUGUCAAUUUCUGCGAGAGAACAAAGCUCUGGGGCACUUUCAAAAUUAAUGAAAGAUUUACAAAUGACCUUUUAAAUUUAUCUUCUGCUAUGUACUACAAAUAUGCCUCUGGAAUUGAAAUGCAACUUAAAACAGCAUACAAAAGAAUUCAAGGUUUUGAGUCAGUUCAGGUCACCCAAUUUCGUCAUUACACGGAUGGGAGCAUCAUUGCCGGGUACGAAGUUGUCGGUUCCAGCAGCGCAUCCGAGUUGCUGUCAGCCAUCGAACAGGUGGCUGCGAAGGCCAAGGCGGAGCUUCGCAAGCUGUUUCCCAUAGAAGACAGCUCUUUCAGAGUGUUCAGAAAAGCCCCGUGUAACAGCAAUACCUUUGGAUUUGGGUGUAAGAAUGAUGAGUAUAUCCUGCCCUGUAGCAGUGGCUACGCCGGAAACAUCACAGCCAGGUGCCAGCUCUCUGGGUGGCAGGUCAUCCGGGAGACUUGUGUGCUCCUUCAGCUGCAAGAACUGGAGGAGAAUGUCAAUGUGUUUGCAAGCAAUGCCACUGAGGCAGCUGUGUCAUCCAUGGUACAAGAUCUUGCAGUCAUCAUUCAGCAAAGCCCAUCAAUCACAGCUGGGAAUCUGGCUUCAGUGGUGUCCAUUCUGGGCGAUAUUUCAUCCCUGUCACUGGCAGGCCAUUUUAGGGUGUCCAAUUCAACAAUGAAGGAAGUCAUCAAUAUAGCUGACCAUAUCCUUAAUUCAGCGUCAGUAAGCAACUGGACAGUCUUACUGCAGACAAGAAAGCAUGCCAGCUCACAGUUACUAGAGACACUGGAAAACAUCAGCACUCUGGUGCCUCCGACAGCCCUGCCUCUGAAUUUUUCUGGGAAAUUCAUUAACUGGCAAGGGAUUCCAGUGACCAAAAGCCAACUCAAAAAUGGUUACAACUAUCAGGUUGAAAUGUUUCCCCAGAAUACCUCCAUUCCCAUCAGAGGCCACGUGUCAAUUGGGUCAGACCAAUUCCAGUGGUCCCUUCCAGAAACCAUCAUCAGCAUGGCCUCGUUGACCCUGGGGAACAUUCUACCCAUUGCCAGAAAUGAAAAUGCUCAGGUCAAUGGGCCUGUGAUAUCCACGGUUAUCCAAAACUAUUCCAUAAAUGAAAUUUUCCUGACUUUUUCCAAGAUAGAGUCAAACCUGAGCCAGCCUCAUUGUGUGUUUUGGGAUUUCAGCCAUUUGCAGUGGAACAAUGCAGGCUGCCACCUGGUGAACGAAACUCCAGACACCGUGAUGUGCCGAUGUACUCACCUGACCUCCUUCUCCAUGCUGAUGUCACCCUUUGUGCCCCCUGCUGUUGUUCCCGUUGUAACUUGGAUCACCUAUGUGGGACUGAGUAUCUCCAUGGGAAGCCUCAUCUUGUGCCUGGUCAUUGAGGCUCUGUUUUGGAAGCAGAUCAAGAAAAGCCAAACCUCACACACACGUCAUAUUUGCAUGGUGAACACCGCCCUGUCCCUCUUGAUUGCUGAUGUUUGGUUUAUUAUCGCUGCUACUGUGGACGCCACGGUGGACCCUUCUGGAGUCUGCACAGCUGCAGUGUUCUUCACGCACUUUUUCUACCUGUCUUUGUUCUUCUGGAUGCUCAUGCUCGGCCUCCUGCUGGCGUACCGGAUCAUCUUCGUGUUCCACCACACCACCCUGCCUCUGAUGAUGGCUGUCGGGUUCUGCCUGGGCUAUGGGUGCCCUCUCAUUAUCUCUGUCAUCACCGUUGCUGUCACACUGCCCAGCAAUAGCUACAGAAGGAAAGAUGUGUGUUGGCUUAGCUGGUCCGACGGAAGCAAACCUCUCCUGGCUUUUGUUGUCCCUGCACUGACUAUUGUGGUGGUGAAUUUGGUCGUGGUGCUGCUAGUUCUCAGGAAGCUCUGGAGGCCAGCUGUUGGAGAGAGACUGAGCCAGGACGACAAGGCCACUGCUGUCCGUAUGGGGAAGAGCCUCCUCGUUCUGACCCCUGUGCUAGGACUUACCUGGGGCUUUGGUAUAGGAACAAUGGUGGACAGCCAGAACCUGGCUUGGCAUGUUAUUUUUGCUUUACUCAAUGCAUUCCAGGGGUUUUUCAUCUUAUGUUUUGGAAUACUCUUGGAUAGUAAGCUGCGACAACUUCUGUUUAAUAAGUUGUCUCCCUUAAGUUCUUGGAAGCAAACAACAAAGCAAAACUCAUCAGAUUUAUCUGCCAAACCCAAAUUCUCAAAGCCUUUCAAUCCACUGAAAAAAAAAGAAGGCAAUUAUGCACUUUCUCAUACUGGAGAUUCCUCCAACGAUAUCAUACUAACCCAGUUUUCAUCAACUGAAUAAAACAAGGAACCCUAAAAUCAAGGAAGAAACUUUGGAACAACUUGACAUUUACAGCUAAAUGUCAGUAAAGAAAUUAUGCUCAGUAUUAGAUGGGAUUUUCUGAUUUAGGAGUCUAGGAAUAAAACAAGGAGAUCUCAGCGGCUU